AUGGUGCUACUAAUUUUUCUUCGUGGACGCUUGCAAACAUCACAUUUUCUUGUGAAAACUAAAAAUGAAAAAAAAUUAUACAAAAAAUUAUUAGCAUGGAAAAAAAGUAUAAACUUUCAAAAAAAUGAUCAGACAUUUGCAUUUCAUUUUACAACACUUGAAGCCAACGAACCAGAAAAUAGUGAAGAAAUUUUCAGGGAAAUUUUCGGUAUCAAACCAUUUGCACUAUGUCUUAAUGGAAAGCAGUCAUCGACUGGUGCAUAUCAUUACAAGAUGGAUUGGUUCCGUCGACGAAGUGGCCCAGUUUACGUAAUUGUCAACAUGAAAGUUUUGACGGAAAACUUUUGA